GGCACUGGUGUACGAUCGCUGAUCGUAGCGUAGUUAGCGAUCGCGACAUUUUCCUGUUGAUCACCUCGAUCACCCUUCUCAACGUACGAUUGAAACGAUCCGGUUUGUGUGCUGCAAGUGAUAACGAGUGAUAAUCGAGAGGGUGCGAGAGUAAAAGUAAACGCUUCACUACACACUGCCACCCACAAUCAAAAUCCGUGUGACCUUUGGCUGAUUGUGGUUUAACCUCGAUCGGCGAUCGACACUCGCUGGCUGGACUUUGGGCCCCGGGCCCCGGUAAUCGCAACGGUGCACAAAUUAGGGCAAACGAUAAUAUUCGUGCAUUUUCUGCACCGUCAACGAAAAUUGCCACCAUGUAUCAUCAAUGUAUGGAGCUGCGUGUGGUGUGGUUCGUGGUCGUCGGCCUGUGGCUUGCCCGGCUGAGCCCCGUGCUGGCGUCCGGCUUCGGCAAAUGUCCCAACUACCCUUCAAUGCCAAAGUUUAACAUGACAAAGUUUUUGGGCAAAUGGUACGAGGUGGAACGUUCCUUCUAUCUACCCGAGCUAGCCUCCGGCUGUACCACGCUGACCUUUGAAAACACGACGCUCCGGGACGAAGCCGGCCGGAGCCAGCUGGAAAUUUCUAUUAAAUCCGUCAAUCAAUGGACGGGAAAUCCAUCCAUCAGCAUCGGUGAAGCCGUCCCGGAGAGUGAAACGUCCUCCAUCAUGAACGUCCAGCUUCAGUCACGGCUGCCAACGGCGAUCGCACGGCUACUGCCCGGCUCCGGCCGAUACCAAGUGCUCUACACCAACUACGACAAUUUCGCCAUUCUCUGGUCGUGCACAAGCUUUGUGGCGGUUCACGCUGAUCAAAUCUGGCUGCUCGGUCGCGAACGGGACUAUUCGACGGACAUUAGGAAAAAGAUCUACAACGCCCUGGAGCAGCUAAGCCUCGAUCCGGACCGUUUGUUCAUCGCGAAGAAUAAAAACUGCCCAGCCACACUGUGAAGCCCACCGGUGUCUGGGGAUCAGCGCGACCGACUAGGCAAAACUUAUCAAUUACUGGAUGAUCUGUGAUAUUAUUAGCAAGACAUUUUUCGGUGGAUGUUGUAGUUAUUAGACGAUUUCGAAACGGAGCGGGGCGCGGCCAUACACGUUUCGGAUAUAAACACUCCGGCAGCUUGUU